AAAAUAAAAAAUGUGUUAAAAGAAGAAAAGAAAAUUGUUGAAAAUUUUAUUUUUGAGAAGGCUGGAAAUAAUAAUGAAAAAUUUAAAAAUGAGUGGGCAAUUUUGGAAGGAAAGAGGGAAUAUUUGGAAAAAAUUGAAAAGAAAAUUGAAAAAUUUGAAUUUUUUGAGAAGAGAAGUUUAAUUAAAAUUGAAAAAAUAAAUUGGGAAUUAAUUGUUAAUUUAAUGGAAUUUAAAAAAAUAUUUGAAUUAUUUUUUGAUGAAUUAAUUGAAAAUAAAAUUAUAUUAAAAAAUAAUGAAGAAGAAAUAAUAGAAAAUAAAAGAUUGGAAAUUAUUGAAGAAAAAUUUAAAAAAUAUAGGGAAGAAAUUGAAAAAAUUGAAGGAAGGGAAGGAAAAAAUUUGGAAGAAAAAGAAGAAAAAAUUAAAGAAAAAUUGGAAAAUAUUUAUCGUCAAUUAGAUAUUGAAUUUUUGUUAGUUGAAAAAUUAAAAAUAAUUAUUGAAAAUAAAUCAAAGGAAGGAGGAGGGGGAAUUUUUGUUUCAAAAUUAAAAAGUUUACAAGAAAAAAAUUUUAGAGUAAAAUCUGAAAAUGAAUUUUUUAAAGUCAAAAAAAGAAUGAGGGAAUUAUUUGGGGAAUAUUUGUUUAGUGAAUUGGAGAUUAGAUAUUCUCUUUUAUUUAGACUUGGUUAG